AUGUUGCCUUCUUCGAAGAAAGCCUUGCAGGAGGCUGGCCAUUUGGUGGCUUCACUAGUCGGGCCCGAGGCGUGUGCUGCAUUAUGCUGUGCUGCUAGCACUUGUAGCGAGCCAGCACUGGCCUUUGAUUGGGCUGGCCAGUGCAAGGACGAGUUCGGGGCAGUUUGCGCCCAGUAUUUGUGCUAUUUGGGACUUCUUGACGCAGCAUGCGCAGAAACCAGUUCCACUUGCUGGCGCCAACUAUACUUGAGACUUCGGGCCUUUCACCGUUCUUUGAGAGCAGGGCAUUACUUGGACAAGGCUUUUCCGGCGAAAGCCACCAUCCAUUUCGAGGAAACACCGCGACUGCUGCAGGGCGGUCACACUGUUGUGUUUGGGGGUGAUGACGAGCGAGUCGCAAUCUUCCGAAUUCAGCCAUCCAAACAAAGCCUGAUCCAAUCUUUCAGGCCCGCUGACUUCCUUGAUGUGGUACCAAUUAGCCCUUCUGAAGUUGUUGGGGUUACGAGAGCCCUCGAUUUGGAAAGAUGGUGCUUUUCAGACGAAAUGUGCCAGACUGCACGCGACACUUGUUCUUGUCGGGUCAAGUCAAACCUGGCGGCUGAUGGUGAUGUUUUGGAAGGGCUGCGCCUGUUUGUGGAACAUGUUGCCGGCAGGCUCUUCCUCUUUGCCGGAGCUUCGAUCUAUGCUUUUGACUUGCACUCCUUGGAAGAGCUUUAUGUGCUAAUCGUUCCUACCGAUGAGGCACUCGAUGAAACAAGGUGCGGAGACCAAGAGAUUUUGGCAAGAUGGGACUAUGGUUUGGCGUUCCUUGCUCAUCAGGCAGAAGGACGAGAAGUAGCUGUUUGGUCAACGCAGGAUGGUGCACAUCGAGGACACAUUCGAUCAGGUUGUGAGUUAUUGUGCUGUGACAUUUCCCACAAUAGUUCAUCGGCAAUCGUUGCCACACUGGAAACAGAUGGCGAGAUCCGGCUAUUUACAAGCCAAGCCUCGGAUGGCACACAAGCCACUUGGGAAUGUUCUAUCAGCGUUUCAGUGGAAUCGCUUGAGGAAUCGCCCAUUCAACCUAUUGUGGAAGUCAAAUUGGAGCAGUCAGUGUUGCUGGCUGUGACUCACUCAGAGGAUGGAGCUACUGGCGUCAUUCAUGUGUGGGAGAUACUUUCCCAGCUGCACCUUUUGCAAAAUCAUUACUUUCUUUUCUGUGAUCGGCCACCUGACCGGGUAGAAGCACGGCAUGGUGGUCAAUUCAUUGAAGUCUUCUUUCUCACUGAUUCAUUGAACCCGCGACCCCCUGAUGGCAUUUACAACAUCAAGUGGUUCAGCCCCAAGUUGGAGCUGCUCUUCAAUCUGGAUCGUUGUGUCGGAGAUUGGAGGUGUGAUUUGCGAGACGUUGCAGCCCGGCUUGAGGAUGACAGGACCAUUUCCUGGGCGCCACUGUGGCGUCCCAUAUGCUUGACAACGGCAUGCAGUUGA